AUCUGUGUGUUUGUGUGUCUCUGUCCGUAGUCUCAGACCAGUCUGGACUGGCUGCCUCUGUGCUCUGUGUAGCCAGUUCGACAGAUUGUUUCACUGUGGAGACUUUCCGGGAUUGGAGUGAGACUUUUCUUGGAUAGAUUGAUAGAUCCCAGUGAGACAGUUCUGUGUGAUGGAUAGUUUGUGACUGAUCGGGAGAUCUUUUGGGAGCACACAGGGGUCCUGUAGCCUACAGUACGAGGCUAUCUAUCAGCAGGGAGAGGAGUUGGCUCGACUCUACAGCUACGUGACCACGCUUCACUGACUCAACCCAUGGAUGUCAUAAUGCUAUGUCCAAGCUGAAGAGGUCUGUGUCUUUUCUGGAUAAGGCUGGAGCUGGAUGCGUUUCUCUCCUGUUCUGUGAUGGUGUGAUCUCACUGCUGGAGAUGUAGGAAGCCCUAUAUUCAGCGCCUUUCACACUUUCUAGUCUCUACUCUCUCUGUCUGCCUGUAUAGAGCAGAGCAGGCCUCGCUCUGUACUGUGGAGCUUGCUUAACUGCCUGGACGGGACAUUAUAGCAUGGCUGUUUAAUCAUAUAAGUGGAUCUAUUGCUGUUGGGUAAAAAGGGAGCCGUGGUGAGAAACGGUAACGUUCCCUAGAAAGGGCCCAAACCCUGGCCGCCAUGGCCCCUCGCAAGCGUCCAGGGCGGGGCCUCUCCGAUAUAUUCUGCUGUUUUAAAGGGAGUGAUCACCCGGAGAUCACCUACCGCCUUCGCCAUGACAGUAACUUCAUCCUACAGACCAUGGAGCCCUCCCUGCCCAUGCCGCUUGAAGAGGAGCUGGAUGCCAUGUUCUCUGAGCUGGUUGAUGAGCUGGACCUGUCAGGGAAACACCGGGAAGUCAUGUUUGCCCUGCCAGCUGAGAAGAAAUGGCAGAUGUACUGUAGCAAAAAGAAGGAGGGAGAAGAGAGCAAGGGUGCGACUAGCUGGCCAGAGUUCUAUAUCGACCAGUUGAAUUCUAUGGCUGCUAGGAAGACCCUUAUUGCUUUGGAAAUGGAGGAUGAGGAAGAGAGGAACAAGACAAUAGAGAGUUUAAAGACAGCUCUAAGGACACAACCCAUGAGGUUUGUGACGCGGUUCAUCGACCUGGACGGUCUGACCUGCAUCCUGAACUUCCUGAAGAGCAUGGACUACGAGACCACCGAGUCCCAGAUCCACACGUCCCUGAUUGGCUGCAUCAAGGCCCUGAUGAACAACUCCCAGGGGCGCUCCCAUGUGCUUUCCCACACAGAGAGCAUCAACAUCAUUGCCCAGAGCCUGGCAACUGAGAACGUCAAGACCAAAGUGGCGGUGCUGGAGAUCAUGGGCGCUGUGUGUCUGGUGCCAGGAGGGCACAGGAAGAUCCUGGAGGCAAUGCUGCACUAUCAGAAGUUUGCUUGCGAGAGGACUCGCUUCCAGACUCUGCUGAAUGACCUGGACAGGAGUACGGGGCGCUACAGGGACGAGGUCAACCUGAAAACAGCCAUCAUGUCCUUCAUCAAUGCAGUGCUUAGUCAGGGAGCAGGGGAGUCGAGCUUUGAGUUCAGAAUUCACCUGCGAUACGAGUUCCUUAUGUUGGGCAUCCAGCCAAUCAUCGAUAAACUGAGGUCUCACGACAACUCAACGUUAGACAGGCAUUUGGACUUCUUUGAGAUGCUGAGAAACGAGGAUGAACUAUCUUUGGCAAAACGCUUUGACACUGUGCACAUUGACACAAAAAGUGCCACGCAAGUGUUUGAGCUCAUAAAGAAGAAGAUGAACCACACAGAUGCACACCCGCACUUUAUAUCUGUCUUACAGCACUGUCUCCUUAUGCCUUACAAGCGUAGUGGGAACACAGUGCAUUACUGGCUCCUCCUGGACCGCAUCGUCCAGCAGAUCGUCCUGCAGAACGACAAAGGUCAUGACCCUGACGUCACCCCCCUGGAGAACUUCAACGUGAAGAACGUGGUGCGAAUGCUGGUCAACGAGAAUGAAGUCAAACAAUGGAAAGAACAGGCUGAGAAAAUGAGAAAAGAGCACCAUGAGCUGCAGCAGAAGUUUGAUAAGAAGGAACGCGAGUGUGAGGCCAAGACCCAGGAGAAGGAGGACAUGAUGCAGACGCUGAAUAAGAUGAAGGAGAAGCUGGAGAAGGAGUCCAGCGAACACAAGCAGGUCAAGCAGCAGGUGGCCGACCUCUCCGCCCGGCUGCAUGACCUCAGCACUAGGCCAAAUGCAAGUGUUCCUGGUGGCCAUCCACUCAUACCUGGGGCCCCUGGAGGUCCCAUACCACCCCUUCCCAUGCAGGCUGCCACGCCCCCACCCCCUCCACCACCCCCUGGGGGCAUGCCUCCACCACCACCACCUCCACCCGGUGGCCCUCCUCCUCCUCCAGGCAUGGGUCCCCCUCCUCCACCUGGAGCUCCCAUGGGACCAGGGCUGAAAAAGAACAUCCCCCAGCCUUCCAACCCACUGAAGUCAUUCAACUGGGCCAAGCUGGCUGAGAAUAAGCUGGAGGGCACUGUGUGGACGGAUGUCGAUGACAUCAAGGUUUUCAAAAUCCUGGACCUUGAGGACAUCGAGAAGACCUUCUCUGCAUACCAGAGACAGCAGGACUUCUUAACAAUGAACAAUAACAAGAAAGAGUCCGAAGAUGAUACUGUGACCUCCAAGAAGGUCAAGGAGCUGUCAGUCAUUGACGGUCGCAGAGCCCAGAACUGUAACAUCCUCCUCUCUCGCCUGAAGCUGACCAAUGAGGAGAUCAAGAGGGCCAUCCUGACUAUGGACGAACAGGAGGACCUGCCCAAAGACAUGCUGGAGCAGCUGCUAAAGUUUGUCCCAGAGAAGAGUGACGUGGAUCUCCUGGAGGAGCACAAGCAUGAGCUGGACCGCAUGGCCAAAGCUGACCGCUUCCUCUACGAGAUGAGCAGGAUCAACCAUUACCAGCAGAGGUUGCAGUCCCUCUACUUCAAAAAGAAGUUUGCUGAAAGAAUCGUCGAAGUCAAACCUAAAGUUGAAGCUCUAACCAGGGCCUCUAAAGAGAUGCUGCAGAGCCGCAACCUCAAGCAGCUUCUGGAAGUGGUCCUGGCCUUUGGUAACUACAUGAACAAGGGCCAGAGGGGAAACGCCUAUGGCUUCAAAGUGUCCUCACUCAACAAGAUCGCUGACACCAAGUCCAGCAUUGACAAGAACAUUACUCUGCUGCAUUACCUGAUCACCAUCCUGGAGCAGAAGUAUCCCAAAGUGGCUGUGUUCCAGGAGGAGCUUCAGAGUGUUCCAGAGGCAGCUAAAGUCAAUAUGACAGAGCUGGAGAAAGACAUCAACAAUCUACGCUCUGGUCUGAAGAGUGUGGAGCUGGAGCUGGAUUUCCAGAGAGGUCUUCCUCAGGUUUCGGGGGAUAAGUUUGUGUCUGUGGUGAGCCAUUUCAUCACUGUGGCCAGCUUCAGCUUUUCAGAGGUGGAUGAUUCUCUGACUGAGGCCAAGGAGCUGUUUCUGAAGGCAGUGCAGCAUUUUGGAGAGGAUGCAACCCGUAUGCAGCCUGACGAGUUCUUUGGAAUCUUCGACCAAUUCCUGCAGGCGUUCGCUGACGCUAAGCAGGAGAAUGAGAACAUGCGCAGACGCAAGGAGGAAGAGGAACGACGGGCCCGCAUGGAAGCACAGCUGAAGGAGCAGAGGGAGAAGGAGCGCAAGGCCAAGAAGGCAAAGGAGAACUGUGAGGAGGACGGUGAAUUCGACGACCUCGUUUCAGCCCUGCGCUCCGGGGAGGUGUUCGAUAAGGACUUGUCCAAGAUGAAACGCAACCGCAAACGUGUCAACUCAUCAGCUGAGACCAGCAGGGAGCGACCCGUCACCAAACUGAAUCUCUGAAACAACAAUCCUGUCUUACUGGAGCUAAGCUAUGCUGCCCUCUGGUGUCCUGGCAUGAGCCUAAUGCCCCCAGUUUUGGGAGUGGACAGAAUUCACUUCUAAAACGGAACUGACCAGGAAAGGUGGUGGACAGACCUCUACUUACUCUUCUGCUACUCAAGCAACAAUAACCCAGAGCUUAUGUCCAUCUGGAAACAGACAUAUAAGAUAUUACCUCCUCAGAAAACCAUGAACUAUGGAUAAGGAGUGACUCUCUAAGCUAUUUGUGUUAAUUGCCAAAACCUACACUUUUACAAUGCUGUGCUCUGAAUGACAGUUUUUCUCCUGUCAUGGAUGGGACACUUUUUUUAAUAGCAUAGGGCUGUUGCCCUGGAGUAGGACACUCUUCUUGACCCUUCCUACCUGCAAAAAUGAGCAGGAAGUGGAAUGGAAAGCCAGGGGUCACACGCGCACACACCGGCUGCGACACAUUUCCUCUUUUAAACGGGAGAAAGUGGAACUUCUUUCCUGCUAUUGUGUUCAGUCAGUCAGACACCUCUAGAGAUUACAGUAGAGGAUGCCAACCCCAUGCAGAGAAGCAGUGUCUCUUGAAGCACAAUCCAUCAUGUAUGAAUUACGUUUUUGAGAUGAGCAAAAACGCAUAACAAGAAACACAUUUUAAUACUGUUUUUAUCACAAUUUUGCAAAGACCUAAUUUAGAUAUUUAAAACCAAAUCAAAGAUGCAAUAUUACCAUUUUAUUAGAGCCUAUAACUUUCAUCUAUAAAAUACUCCAUUAGAACUGAAAUAUACAGUAUUGUAGAAGAGUAGGAUCUAAUUUUAGGCCUACUGACUUGAAAGGACAGUGUCACUGUUUCUAUAUUAUUUGAAGAGUUACCCAAAAAAAUUGCUCUUCCUCUGGUCAUCCUAACACCCGGAGGAUAUCAGUCUGGAAACUAUGCAGCCCAACAUUUGUUUUUGUGUUCAUUACUGCCAUGUACCAGUCAAAAGUUUGGACACACCUACUCGUUCAAGGGCGUUUCUUUAUGUGUACUAUUUUCUACAUUGUAGAAUAAUAGUGACGACGUCUAAACUAUGAAAUAACACAAAUAGAACCAUGUAGUAAGCAAAAAUAUGUUAAACAAAUCCAAAUAUAUUAUACAGUUUUGAUUCUUCCUAGUAGCCACCCCUUGCCGUGAAUGACAGCUUUGCACACUCUUGGCAUUCUCUCAACCAGGUUCACGAGGAAUGCUUUUCCAGCAGCCUUGAAGGAGUUCCCACAUAUGCUGGGCACUUGUUGGCUGCUUUUCCUUCACUCUGCGGUCCAACUCAUCCCGAACCAUCUCAACCCUGUUGAGGUCGGGUGAUUGUGGUGUCCAGGUCAUCUGAUGCAGCACUCCAUCACUCUCCUUGGUCAAAUAGCCUUUACACAGCCUGGAGGUGUGUUUUGAUCAUUGUCCUGUUGAAAAACAAAUGAUAGUCCCACUAAGACUAAACCAGAUGAGAUGGCGUAUCGCUACAGAAUGCUGUGGUAGCCAUGCUGGUUAAGUGUGCCUUGAAUCCUAAAUAAAUCACAGAAAAUGUCACCAGCAAAGCACCCCUGCACCAUCACACCUCCUCCUCCAUGCUUCACGGUGGGAAACACACAUGCGGAGAUCAUCCGUUCACCUACUCUGUAUCUCACAACCAAAAAUCUCAAAUAUGUACUCAUCAGACCAAAGGACGGAUUUCCACCGGUCUAAUGUCCAUUGCUCGUGUUUCUUGGCCCAAGCAAGUCUUUUCUUAUUAUUGGUGUCCUUUAGUAGUGGUUUCUUUGCAGCAAUCCGACCAUGAAGGCCUGAUUCAUGCAGUCUCUGAACAGUUGAUGUUGAGAUGUCUGUUACUUGAACUCUGAAGCAUUUAUUUGGGCUGCAAUCUGAGGUGCAGUUAACUCUGACCUUAUCUUCUGCAGCAGAGGUAACUCUGGGUCUUCCUUUCAUGUGGCGGUCCUCAUGACAGCCAGUUUCAUCAUAGCGCUUGAUGGUUUUUGCAGCUGCAUUUGAAGAAACAUGCAAAGUUCUUAAUGUUCCGCAUUGACUGACCUUUCUCUUUGCUUAUUUGGGCUGUUCUUGCCAUAAUAUGGACUUGGUCUUUUACCAAAUAGGGCUAUCUUCUGUAUAACACCCCUACCUUGUCACAAAACAACUGAUUGGCUCAAACGCAUAAAGAAGGAAAGAAAUUCCACAAAUGUACUUUUAAGAAGGCACACAUGUUUAAUUGAAAUGUAUUCCAGGUGACUACCCCAUGAAGCUGGUUGAGAGAAUGCCAAGAGCGUCAUUAAGGCAAAGGGUGGCUACUUUGAAGAAUCUCAAAUAUAAAAUAUAUAUUUGAUUUGUUUAACGCUUUUUUUUGGUUACUACACGAUUCCAUAUGUUAUUUAAUAGUUUUGAUUAUUCUACAAUGUAGACAAUAGUACAAAUAAAGAAAAAAUCCUGGAAUGAGUAGCUGUGUCCAAACUUUUGACUGGUACUGUAUGUGUAUAUUAUGUACAUACUGUAUGCCCGUUCCAGUGUCACCUCACUUGACUCUCAAAAAAUCUAGGCGGAAGUCUUCCUUCUCCCUACAGUUUUCAGCCAUUAGCUUCGCCCAUGAGUGGCUCAUUUGAACUACAAACGUUAAUCAUUGCUUGCGAUGUGGCUUUCGAAACAUAUGGCCCUUAUCUUUCAUCAGAAAGAAUCCUUCAAAAAAAAAAUAUACACUUACUGUAGCAGUUUUGCACAGAUCCAGCUAUGGGUGCCUUCAUCUGACAAAACGACACUCCCCGAACUACGCUUACACAGGUGUUACGAGCACCGUCUUCUGUAAUUAGCACAGGUGGUUGCCUCUUCCGUCUGUUUUCCAAAAAACAAGCGCUGUAACAUAGAGAUAUGGCCGUGUGGGAACCCUAACCCUAUCAAGGUCUGUAUCAAUUGAACCUUUUUUUGCUGAUCUAUAACAUAAGGUCCUUAUGCUUCCAAAGCCGUACCGCAAGCGAUGCGUUAUUGUUCAGAUUCAGCGUCGGGGCUCUUAACAAAACUCCCCUGUACAGAAGACGCCUUCAUCCAAUGUGUGUAAUGGAACGGAACUGAGAGUCAAGACCAUGGGCUAUUCCUCACUAUAACAUGUACAGCAGAAAGAUUUCAGUUAUUUUGUCUGCCCCAAUUAGUAAAACCUUUUCUCAAACCUUUGGUCACAUUUCUACCAACACCCUCCUUACUUAACUGUGUGAUAGCAUGUCUGAUGUAUGUGGAUUCAUUCAAUACAGCUUUAUUAUUAUUUAAACAACUUUCUAUUUCAAAACUAAAGUAAUAAACUUGGAUGUUAAUUAUCUGUUGAAUCUGUUUUUUUAAUGUUUACAAGUCAAAACUACAACCAGUAAUUCAUCUCGGAUUGUAUUAAACUGUAUUUCUGUUUUCCAGAAAUAAAGACUGGUUCAUCUCA